CACAAACGGCAGUCUAGUAUGCCAGGGGAAAACGUGACAUGCGCUUUUACGCGUCACAGGUAAACUCAUCACCUCCGUCUCCGUGUGGGCUGAACGUUCCAUAUCAGAUCGGAUCAUCAGUCGUCUUUAUAUCAUCGGGAUGGCCAUUACUUGGAGACUUAAAUGCUGCAAAUGUUGUUGGACAGUGUUCAGAUCUCUGGUUCUUUAACAGAUGACGCUCCUGAAGUCAGAAAUGACCCAGAAGUUGUUCUGGAGAGCUGGUCUCCUGCUCUGGAUGUGCGCAAUGACCAGGGUCCAGGGCGCCGAACUCUCAAUCAAACAGUGUGUGAUUCUGGAGUACACCAGUAUUACCUGUUAUUGGGAAGCAUCCAACCUCACUCUCGGCAGCAGCAGCUAUAGACUUCAAGUUAACAAAACUGAUUGUGAUACCAAAGAAGGCUUCAUCCCUGUGGAUGUGUGUCACAGCAAAGGCUCCAACUGCUCCGUUCAGCCCAUUGAUUCUGCAUUUCACUGUUUCUAUGCGGAUGUACUGGUGUCCACACCUGCUGGACCCAUCCGCUCUCCACCCUUCUUCUUCAUUGGUAUCUAUGAAGUGAAGCUUCAUCCCCCACAGAUAACAGGAAUCGGGCCAUCUGCAAGGCAGCCCGGGUGUUUGGAGGUGGCCUGGGGGAAAACGGACAUCCUCACUAAGGAAGAAAAAUCCUACAGAUGGCUCCAAAUGGAGUACACCACACAUGACCAGACUCAGUCGCAGACUAUACAAGCAUAUUCCAACGAGACACUGGAGCUCUGUAAUUUAUAUGCUGGAUCCUGGUACACGGUGAAGCUGAGGGCUCAGGACAGUCGAUCGUCCGCUCACUGGAGCUCCUGGGCCUUUGAGGACAUUAGGACAGAGGAGAAAGCCCCAUCUGCUGCUCCACAGUUCUGGAGACACAUCCAACCCUCAGAAAAAGCUGGAAAGAGACAUGUCACCCUGCUCUGGAAGCCUCUCUCCUGGCCUGUGGCGAAUGGUGAUGUGCUCAGUUACACUGUGUCUUGUUGUAAUGAGGUGGACUCUUCGCAAUGGACUUGCGGCACUUUAGAUUCCUCGAAAACCUCCUGCGUUCUCAUUGUCUCUUUCAGUCACUGUUACUGCAGUCUGACAGCUGCUAACUCCGCCGGGACAUCACCUCCGGCACAUCUCUACAUACCUGGACACACAGACGCAGAACUCCCAGCCCCCCAGAGUGUCAGUGUCACGCUAUUGGAUGACACUCGACUGAAAGUAGAAUGGACAGCUCCAAUGAACCAAUCAGAGACCGGCUUUGUGUUGCAGUGGAUUUCCAUACCUCACAACAGAAUGAACCAUCUGCACUUUGAACACCUGGAUGAAACUGCAAGAAGUUUUAUCAUCACCGGUCUGCUGCCAGAGGUCCCAUAUAAUCUGUCUGUCAUCAUUCUUUAUAAGGAAAGAACAGGAAAUGAGAUAUAUGACAUUGCCUUCACACGGGAAGGAGCGCCAUCUGUUGGUCCAAAGCUGACAGUGCUGCAGACCAGCCGCAGAAGUAUAACUCUGAGAUGGGACCCUGUUCCUAUAGAAAAACUACACGGCUUUCUCCAAUACUACACUGUUAUGUACAGUAUAAAUGGAAAAGUCAAAAGGGAACAGGUAGGGGGCAGUGUUGAACAGAUAUCUCUGAGUGGGCUGAUGGAAGGAAUCUACAACAUCUGUGUAAUUGCUCACACUGUAGAAGGGGAUGCCGCUGGUCCAUGGCAGAUGGUGGCUGUGGGGCAUGACGAUAUAGAAGUAAUCCCCAUACUAUUGUGUGCACUACUACUGAGUUUUAUUAUUCUCAUAGUCCCAGUAUGCAUGCGGGUGAGGAUUAAACACUAUCUGUGCCCAACUGUACCAGACCCCUCAAAGAGCAGCCUGUUAGCCUGGUCAAACAUUAAGCCAUGUCAGCCUAGACUAACAUCCUCUCCCUUCAUCACUGUAAGUCAAACCUCAGGCUACCACAGUUAUGACAAGAAUGAAUACAUCCCGGUUGAAGUGCUAAGCUACCACACCGAUCAACCUUUAAACAACGACAAUGAGCCACCCAAAUCCUACAACACCUCUUUAGUUACAACAUACAUGGUUCCAAGUCCGCUGGUGGGUCAACAGAGAACUGAAGAACCAACUCAAGCCUUUUCAGUACAUUUCAUCAACCAGAGCUACAUCAGACCAGAUCAAGUCACAUCGGCUGGUUAUCAAGUAGACCAGCAGCCCUCAAUGACCAAUCUGUUGUUUGAUACGGUCUUUGCCUACAGAAGCAAUCAAAUGUGCGAGUAUGUCCAAGUGUCCCAAAGUUAUAUACCUGACGUAGAAGCUGUAGACGGAUACCGAACUCUAAAUUCUGAUGAGUGUUCACAUUUUCUGCAGUCUUUACCAGAGGACCACAACACGUAGUUCUUCACAGUUUAUCUGAGUAUACAUCACUAAUGUUUUAACAAUGCUAAAAUUAGCCAGUGGAGGUGAAAAUUAAGCAAUUUGAGAUGGUGUCCCAUGUGAAUGUGGUCUUAAUGGGACUGGUUACAUAAAAAAAUCUUAAGUCUUGUUUUCAGAGAAAUCUAAAUACAUUAAGGGAGGUUAAUGCUAAAAACAAGAGAAAACUAUUUGGGCUAAGAAAAAUAAACUAUUCGAUUCAAAGGGAAAACAAGUUUAUUUUUUAAUUCAAAAGGGAAAACAGGAAAAACAUUGUUUUCUGAUUCAAAGUUCAAACAAGUUUUUCAAAUUCAAAAUAGAAAAAAGUGUAAUUCAAAAGGGAAAACAAUGUUAUUUUUCUGCUUCUAAGAGAAACAAGUUUAUUUUUCAAAUUCAAAAGGGAAAAAAAAUAUUUUUUAAAUUUAAAAGGGAAAACAAAUAUUUUUCUGAUUCUAAGGGAAUAAUCAGUUUAUUAUUCUUACCGCACUGGCAAAUCGUUUUUUCAGAAACGUAAUAAAUAUUGUACGUUUCUCUGCAAACAAGAAUAUGUUAUUCUGUUUCUCAAGUAAAUGUGUCUUGUUUAAAUGAUGUUUAGAUAUUUUGAUAUAUAAAGUCUUGUUGUCAGAGAAAUCAAACACAAUUUAGUGAGGUUUAUGCUUAAAACAAGAAAAAAACAAUUUGGGAUAAGAAAAAUAAAACUUUAUUCAAAGGAAAUACAAGUUUAUCGUUCUAAUUUAAAGGGAAAAAAGUUUAUUUUUCUGAUUAAAAAAGGGAAAGACAUUUAGUUUUCAUACCCCAUUGGUAAAUAGUUUCUCAGAAAUUCACUAAAUUUUGUUAGAUAUAUUUUAAGUCAUUUUGCUUAUCAAGUAAUGUAACUUGUUUUAAGGAUGUUUAGAUAUCUAUACUGGAAAACAUGACUAAAAUACUGGAUAAGAAUAAUUAUUAUUAUUAUUAUUAUUAUUAUUUUAUUUUUUCAGAGUAAGUGAAAAAGAAUUUGUUCCUGUUUAGAAAAGUUAUUAUUGUGUGUGUUUCCAUGCUGUGGUCCUAACAACAUAAAUAUCAUCAGCUGUUGCUGUAAAAUGUUAUAUGGUCACAUUUGUGUAGUUUUCAAGGGAAAAUCUUUUUUAUUACAUAUAAAAAACUGUUAAGCUGCGAAAUCUCCAACAUAACCCACCAUAUGUGAACUAUCGGUGUGGCCUAAAAGUCUGAGACUACUUAUGAAAAUCCUAUUAUGCAUUCCUUCUAUUUAUAAUUACAGUAUUAUCAACAUAACAAUUUAAGUGAAAGGUUGGUGAGUAAAAGUGAGUACAUUUUAGGUGAAUAUCAAUGCAAAUUUGCUUACAUUUUAAACUAUAAACCUGAAACUUUUUUAUUUCCAUCAUUAAAUAAAACAAAAUCCCGGAUUUUUAAUGUCGUCUCAGACUUUUGGACCCCACUGUAUGUGUGUUGUAUAUUAAAUUGUAUUUAUUUUCAUUGGGGAAUGUUGUUGUAAAUAAUGGGAACAUUUAUUUUUGUGUGCUGUGGCUGAAGAUAAACCAUUGUGCUGCAGAGGAAAUGAAAGCAAGAUUGACGCAGGCGUAGAUCAGAAACAUUACUUUUGUGGGAACGUUGCAACUAGGGGCCAAAGUUCAUCACCGCUUGUCCAUCUUUCCUGCAAGUGGAUUUCCCAACAAAUUCCCUCUUUGUUUGGACAGAGAUGGGCCAGGCCAGUGUCACACAUACAUCCGGCUCAACAAAGCUGGUCAUCAGCAUCAGGAGCGCAGAUCGGCUGUGUGCCAGGACUGGUUAUUCGCACUGACCUACCAAAACUGUGCUGACCCUUAGUACAUAACACACUACCUACAUUCCUCUGCUCCUUCGGGACUUUAUCAGCCUGCUGAAGUUGCUCUAAAAAGAAUGCAUUAAUGCUUAGCACAAUCUUAGUGAUUCCUUUAUUGAUGUAUACUUGAUGCACUAAGAAAUUGCAGAAACUCAAGACUUCUAAACUAUUACAGAUAAUCUGAUAUUCUAAAAGCAUGUGUGGUACAAACUACAUUGUAAUUUUACUAUUAAAGUGAAC